AUGUCCUCCAUCAUUCUCUGCAUUAUCCUUGUUUCUCCAGCCCUGGUCAUGGGCCAAGUCUUCCAACCCAAGCAACUGGUUUACACAGAAGGAGACGAGAUCUCAAUCAACUGCACUCAGAACGCCACCAGCCAUGACUACAUGCUUUGGUACCAACAGAAAUCCCAAGGGGAUGGCGGCACCCUGAAUUUGCUUGGAUAUAGCUUUGAAGGAAGCUCUCUCCCGGCAGGAGAUUUCAACAUGGAUGUGGUCAGAGCUUCUCGCUUCACCAGACUCACCAGAAAGGUGACGAGACUGAGCGACUCUGGCGUCUACUUCUGUGCCGUGAGAGACACAGCGAAUGGAAGCAGCCACCGGCAGUGCAAAAUCUCCCAGCUCAUGUUUUUGAGAAUGAAAAUGGACGGAUGGACAGUUCAAAAUGGGAGUUCGAAAGCACAAAACCAGACCGAAUUCAUCCUGGUGGGCCUCUCCAAUGACCCCAAGAUCCAGCUGGUCCUCUUUGCAGUCUUCCUGGUGCUCUACCUUCUGACCUUGGUAGGCAACAUCCUCAUCAUGGUCACCAUUGUGCACGAGCGCUGCCUUCACACUCCCAUGUACUUCUUCCUGAGCAACCUCUCGUUCAUCGACGUCUGCCACUGCUCGGUCACCGUGCCCAAGAUGCUGGCUGACCUCCUGUCAGCGGAAAAGACCAUCUCGUUCACGGGCUGCGUGGCCCAGAUGUUCUUCCUCCACCUCUUUGCCUGCACGGAGAUCUUCCUUCUGACCGUCAUGGCCUACGACCGCUACGUGGCCAUCUGCAACCCCAUGCAUUACCUCACCGUCAUGAACCACAAGGUCUGCCUCCUCCUGGUUGGCAGCAUCUGGCUGGGCGGCUCAGUCCACUCCCUUGCCUUGACCGGCAUGACCAUCAAACUACCAUACUGUGGCCCCCGCAAGGUGGACAACUUCUUCUGCGAUGUCCCACCCGUCCUCAAGCUUGCGUGCACCAACACAUAUGUCAUCGAGAUCCUAAUUGUGUCCAACUCGGGCCUGAUCUCUGUGGUCUGCUUCGUGGUCCUGGUGGUCUCCUACGGGGUCAUCUUGAUGUCCCUCCGCCAACGCUUGGUGGAAGGCAAGAGGAAGGCGCUCUCCACCUGUGCAGCUCACCUCACGGUGGUGACUCUCUUCCUAGGACACUGCAUCUUCAUUUACUCCCGACCCUCCACCAGCUUCCCAGAGGACAAGGUGGUCUCCGUGUUCUUCACUGCGGUGACCCCAUUGCUCAACCCCAUCAUCUACACUCUGAGAAACGAAGAUAUGAAGCGAGCCCUCAACAAGCUGCUGUGCCGGAAGGUCAAUACAGAGAAGAACUGA